AUGGAGAAAGAACAUGAGGCGGUCGCUGACCACUCCACCCAGCAGCGCGUUGGGUCGGUCCAGCUGCACACCACCAGCGAUGUCACACGUGUUGAGGCACCGGUGACCUGGAAGGCAUACCUCAUCUGCGCCUUUGCGUCGUUCGGUGGUAUCUUCUUCGGGUAUGACUCCGGUUACAUCAACGGUGUCCUCGGCUCCGCCAUCUUCAUCCGCGAAGUUGAAGGCGCAGACCGUGACCCCGCCGACGGUGUCUCCUCUUCCCACCAAUCGCUUAUCGUCUCUAUCCUGUCGGCCGGUACCUUCUUUGGCGCCAUCAUUGCUGGCGAUGUCGCUGACAUGAUCGGUCGCAAAUGGACUGUCAUCGCUGGCUGCGUUAUCUACCUUAUCGGUGUGGUCAUUCAGAUGCUCACUGGACCUGAAGUCGACUCGCUUGGCGCAAUCGUGGCUGGCCGUGUCAUUGCUGGCUUGGGUGUCGGCUUCGAGUCCGCCAUCGUUAUCCUUUACAUGUCCGAGAUUUGCCCCCGCAAAGUUCGUGGCGCUUUGGUCGCUGGAUACCAAUUCUGCAUCACCAUCGGCAUCCUGUUGGCAUCUGUUGUCGUCUAUGCUACCAAAGACCGCAACGAUACAGGUGCUUACCGCAUCCCAAUCGCCAUUCAGUUCCCAUGGGGCCUGAUCCUCGGUGGUGGUCUCUUCUUCCUCCCAGAUUCUCCUCGGUACUUUGUCAAGAGAGGCAACAUCGAGGCUGCAACCGACUCGCUCUCCCGCCUUCGCGGCCAACCCCGCGAGUCCCAGUACAUUCAGGUCGAGCUGGCUGAGAUUGUUGCCAAUGAGGAAUACGAGCGUCAGCUCAUUCCAUCAUCCGGCUGGUUCUCAAGCUGGGCCAACUGCUUCAAGGGUGGCCUCUGGUCAGCGAAGUCCAACCUGCGCCGCACCAUUCUCGGUACUUCCCUUCAGAUGAUGCAACAGUGGACCGGUGUCAACUUCAUCUUUUACUACUCGACUCCCUUCCUCAAGUCCACGGGCGCGAUCUCCAACGAGUUCUUGAUCUCCCUGAUCUUCACUUUGGUCAACGUCUGCUCGACCCCGAUCUCUUUCUACACCGUUGAGAAGUUCGGUCGGCGCCCUCUGCUCGUCUACGGCGCUUUCGGCAUGUUGAUCUGCCAGUUCCUCGUUGCCAUCAUCGGUGUCACCGUCGGCUUCAACCACGUUCACCCCGACCCUGCCAAUCCAGACAACUCCCUGGCCAACAACAUCUCUGCAGUCAAUGCUCAGAUUGCAUUCAUUGCGAUUUUCAUCUUCUUCUUCGCGUCUACCUGGGGCCCAGGCGCCUGGAUCGUCAUUGGCGAGAUCUUCCCUCUGCCCAUCCGCUCCCGCGGUGUUGGUCUGUCAACUGCCUCCAACUGGCUGUGGAACACCAUCAUUGCUGUCAUCACCCCAUACAUGGUCGGUUCGGACAAGGGCAACCUGCGUUCGUCCGUCUUCUUCAUCUGGGGUGGUCUCUGCACUGCUGCAUUCGUCUAUGCCUACUUCCUGGUUCCCGAGACCAAGGGCUUGACGCUCGAGCAGGUCGACAAGAUGUUCGAGGAGACUACUCCCCGCACAUCCUCCAAGUGGAAGCCCAGCCAGACCUUUGCCAGCACCAUGUCUGACGGUGGCAUGCUCAAGGGAGAGGUUGUGGGAGAUGUUGAGCGUCGUGGCUCUGCGUUCUAG